AUGGCAUCACUGUACGAUGCUUUUUCAAAUUGGUGUCACUGGAAUAUGCUGGUAUAUGCUAACCAUCUAAAACGAAAACACCCAACUGCACUAAAUGUUACACUUACUAAUGAAGAUGAUCCCGACUCCGAAGUGCAAAAUGUCCAAACUUUAGCAAGUACAUCUACAUCAAUUGCUUUUCCAACAUCAUCUAUAACUUCAGAACAAAAUUGUAUUCCCCCUGCUAAGCGUCAACGACAACUUAAAUUAUUUGGUUCAACGAAAAAAAACCAACUUAGUGACACAGAAAAUAAAUCUAUUGACAAGGCUUUAAUAAAAAUGAUUAUUGCUGACUAUCAACCUCUGUCUAUAGUAGAAAAUAUCGGUUUUUUAGAAUACUCCAAAAUGUUGCAACCUUUAUAUUAUCCCCCGAAUUCUAAUAAAGGUUAUAUUACUGUAACAUGUCAUUUUAUAUUCGACGACAAAUUAUACUCGCCAGUUUUGGCCACUAGAGAAGUACACGGAGCGCAUACCGGGGAGAAUAUUGCGGCUGUGCUUUCGGAAAUAUUUAAUGAGUGGGAAAUAAAUAAUAAAAUUGUAACUAUAGUGUCUGAUAACGGCGCAAAUAUUAAAAACGCAAUCAACAUUCAUCUUCAAAAGUACCACCAUCCUUGCGUAGCACACACAUUAAAUUUAAGUGUUAGUGAAGCGAUCACAAACAAUACAGAGCUGAGUCAAGUGUUAAAAUCAUGUAAAAUAAUAGUAGGACACUUUAAACAUAGUACUUUUGCUAAUGAAAAAUUAAAAAAUUACCAAAUCCAAAUGGGCUUACCACAACUAAAAGUUAAACAAGACGUUCCUACAAGAUGGAACUGGAGUUUAAUUAUGAUGGAAAGACUUCUCGAGAUUAAAGCCCCUUUAUCUGCUGCAUUAACAUCACUUCCACGUGCUCCAAACGGCUUAACUGCUAUAGAAUGGGAAUUAAUUGAAGAUUGUAUACCACUAUUGAAACCGUUUGAGAGCAUGACCACUUAA